AUGAUUCAUAUGGACAUGCUUCUGAGUAUUGUCUUCUUCUCACAGACAGUAAUUGGAGUUCAGGGAAACUUCUUCCUGAUUUAUCUCUUCACUUUCAUGUCCUUCACUGGCCAGAGGCUGAGACCCAUAGACUUGAUUCUCACCCAGCUGGCUUUGGCCAACUCCUUGGUGCUUCUCUCUAAAGGUUUCCCUCAGGGAAUGGCAGCAUUGGGGAUGAAGAAUUUUUUGGAUGGCAUUGGCUGUAAAAUUGUCUUCUACCUACACAGAGUAGCUCGGGGGCUUUCCCUCAGCAUGACCUGCCUCCUGAGUGGUUUACAAGCCAUCAUCAUAAGUCCCAACAACACCAUGUGGAUCACACUUAAAAUCAGAGUCCCAAAAUACAUUAUCCCCUCUAGUUUCCUCUGCUGGAUUUUCCACAUGCUACAAAAUAUCAUUAUUCUUGAGAAACUUCAAGGACCAAAGGGCACCAGAAAUAUCUCAGAGACAAAUGAGUAUGAAUAUUGCUCUAUUGAUGUUGCUAACGAUAUUAAUGCCUCACUCCAUGCAAUUAUAUUCUCCCUCCCUGAUGCUGUGCUUAUGGCUUUCAUUGGCUUUAGCAGUGGCUACAAGGUUUAUCUCCUACACAAGCACCACAAGAGAGUCCAGCAAAUACACACCGUCUGCUUCUCAAUUAGAGCUUUCCCUGAGACCAGAGCCACCAAAAUGAUCCUAGUACUGGUGAGCACCUUUGUCACAUUUUACUUAAUCAAUGCCAUCUUGACAGCAUAUAUGCAUUCAAUGACACCCAGACCCUGGCUGCAGCAUAGCUCUGCCUUUAUGUCUUCCCUUUUCCCCAUGGUUAGCCCUUUUGUGCUCAUCAGCAGUGACUCACAAAUCCUGAGGUACUACAGUGCUGUCCAUGGUAGAAGAAGUCCACAUACUAGAACUGAUUCCACUAUCUAG